AUGGCUGGAGGGGCUUUCGUUGGUGAUGGCGGAGGGAGGAGCUAUGAAGGAGGUGUCACCGUCUUUGUGCUAUUCACUUGUGUGGCGGCUGCCAUGGGCGGUCUCCUCUUCGGAUAUGAUCUCGGAAUCUCAGGGGGAGUGACUUCAAUGGAGUCGUUCUUGAAAAAGUUCUUCCCAUCUGUGUUCCACAAAAUGAAGAAUGAGACUCAUCAAAACCAGUAUUGCAAAUUUGACAGCCAGUUGCUUACAUUGUUCACGUCGUGCCUCUACAUUGCGGCGUUGGUGGCAUCCUUUUUGGCUUCAACGGUUACUAGGAAAUUUGGUCGAAAAAUCUCCAUGUUUAUGGCAGGCCUUGUGUUUCUUCUUGGCUCUAUCCUAAAUGGUGUUGCCAAUAACAUUACACUUUUGAUCAUUGGUCGUCUCUUGCUUGGUGUUGGUGUUGGAUUUGCAAACCAGUCGGUUCCUAUUUAUCUAGCGGAAAUGGCUCCAACAAAGAUUAGAGGAGCACUAAACAUGGGGUUCCAAAUGGCCAUCACCAUUGGUAUUUUAGUGGCUGGUCUUGUCAACUUUGGCACUGCCAAGAUCAAGGGCGGCUUUGGCUGGAGAAUAUCUCUCGCUCUUGCUGCCGUUCCUUCUCUGCUGAUGACUCUUGCCGCAAUCUUUCUUCCUGACACUCCAAAUUCCAUCCUAGAAAGAGGUCACCCCGAGAAGGCCAAGAAAAUGUUAAAAAAAAUCCGUGGCACAAACAACGUUGAUGAUGAGUUCCAAGACCUUCUUGAUGCUACUGAGGCUGCUAAAAACGUUGACAACCAAUGGACGAACAUCACACAACCAAGAUAUAGGCCUCAACUUGUCAUUUGCUUCCUUAUUCCAUUCUUCCAGCAGCUCACCGGCAUCAAUGUGAUCAUGUUUUACGCCCCAGUUCUUUUCAAGACAUUGGGUUUUGGGGAUGAAGCUUCUCUAAUGUCCACAGUCAUCACUGGCAGUGUUAAUGUGGUCUCUACCUUGGUCUCCAUUUUCACAGUAGAUAAGUUUGGAAGAAGAAUAUUGUUCCUUGAAGGUGGUACGCAAAUGAUGAUAUGCCAGGUUGCUAUCGGAGUGAUGAUAGCCAUGAAGUUUGGUCUCAGUGGAGAAGGAUCAUUUACAAAACAUGAAGCCAAUUGGAUCUUGUUCUUGAUAUGUGCAUAUGUAGCAGCAUUUGCAUGGUCUUGGGGUCCGUUGGGGUGGUUGGUGCCGAGUGAGAUUUGCCCUCUCGAGAUCCGAUCAGCCGGACAAGCCAUCAACGUCUCGGUGAACAUGUUGUUCACAUUCAUCAUUGGUCAAGUCUUCCUCAGCAUGCUUUGCCACUUAAAGUUUGGUCUCUUCUUUUUCUUUGCCGGUUUUGUGUUGAUUAUGACCAUCUUCAUCACUGUCUUCCUCCCCGAGACGAAGAACGUUCCGAUUGAAGAGAUGAAUAGAGUGUGGAAAGCACACUGGUUUUGGGGCAAGUACAUCCCUGAUGAGGCCGUCAUUGGUAGGCAAGUUUGA